CAUACUCCCCCGUACAACCCAACCCGACCCAGUCAAUCAAUCUCUCUUUCUUUCUCUCUCCCCUCAACAGCCGCGCUUCCUUCCCCCUCCCCGACUCUGCUGAUCUGCUCCACCCGCGCCGCGAUAAGAAAACCCGCCAAACCCUAACCCUAGCAGCGCACUCGCUGCCGCCGGAGAGGGCCAAGCGAGUGAGUGAGGAUGCCGCCGGGGUCGGCGACGCAGUUCCGGUACACGCAGACGCCUUCCAAGGUGCUGCACCUGCGGAACAUGCCAUGGGAGUGCACCGAGGAGGAGCUCGUCGAGCUCUGCAAGCCCUUCGGCAGGGUUGUCAACACCAUGUGCAACGUCGGCGCUAACCACAACCAGGCCUUCGUCGAAUUCGCGGAUCAAAACCAGGCAAUUUCAAUGGUUUCUUAUUAUGCGUCAUCUUCAGAGCCUGCUCAAGUCCGUGGUAAAACUGUAUAUAUCCAAUAUUCAAACAGGCAAGAAAUUACCAACAAUAAAGGCACUGGUGAUUCUUCUGGCAAUGUCCUUCUUGUCACUUUUGAAGGUGUUCAGCCUAAUGAUGUUACCAUAGAAGUCAUUCAUUUGGUAUUUUCGGCAUUUGGGUUUGUUCACAAGAUAGCUACUUUCGAGAAAGCAGCUGGUUUCCAGGCGCUUAUCCAGUAUACUGAUGCUCCAACUGCUGUUGAAGCGAAAAACUCAUUGGAUGGAAGAAGCAUCCCAAAAUAUUUGCUUCCAGAACAUAUCAUUGCGAGCCACAUGCGCAUAACCUUUUCUGCGCAUAAGGAUUUGAAUAUCAAAUUUCAGUCGCAUCGCAGCAGGGAUUACACUAAUCCUUAUCUUCCUGUGAACCAAACUGCAAUUGAGGGGAUAGUGCAGCCCACGGUGGGCCUUGAUGGGAAGAUAAAGGAGCCUGAGAGCAAUGUGCUUUUAGCAUCAAUUGAGAACAUGCAGUAUGCUGUGACUGUGGAUGUUCUACACACUGUGUUCUCUGCUUUUGGUACUGUUCAAAAAAUUGCAAUGUUUGAGAAGAACGGUGGAAUGCAGGCUCUAAUUCAAUAUCCAGCAGAGAGGUGUUGGAGUUCGUGAAGGCUUAAAAUGGACAUCUGCAACUUUCCGCAGCUAUAAAGUUGCCUUUAGUAAUUUCUUGAUCAUUUUUACCUUUUGCUGUAAGCAUAUUCUCUUUCUUACUAGAGGCUUGCUUCAGAGCUUUCUUUCUGUCAUCAUUGCACUUUCCUCCUGGCAUUUUCCCCCGUCCUGCUUUAGGUAUGCUUACAAGUUUAGCGAUGUUGGGGGUCAUAGUAGAAGUGUUAUCGGUAUUUCUGCUGUUGAAAAUAUCAUCUUUCCGUCUGAUAUGCGGUUGGUUUCUCUAGCUUAUCAUGACACUAGGCAGCACCGAUACGGAUAUGUGUAUUGGUAUCGGACCGAUACGGAUACGGGGAUACGCCAUUUUCCCAGGAAACCUAAUACGUGGAUAUGUUUUACUAUUUAAAAAAAAAACAUUAAUAUGUUACUCCCAUGUUCUACUCCAAGUCUCCAACUUGUAUUCGGCAACGCGUGGCCACUAGCUAAUACAUAAUAGAUUGGCGUGCGGUGGUGGCAUGGGUUUCACCAUCAUCCUUAUGCCAUUGGGGUUGGGCAAGCCAGUGAGCAGACUACUUCGAUGACAGCCGCAGCCCCAAACACCAUCUUGCAGCCAUCGCCCCCACAAUGUUGCCUGCCGCCGCCUACACAUGGUCAUUGACGAUCAAAAAUCAGAAGAACAAGGAGGGGAAGAAAGGAGGAAAAGGGGGAGCCAUGGAGGAGAGGAACUCACAGCCGGCAGGUGGUGGAGGGCAUUGACGCCGGCGCUGCGGGAGUGGUGGCGACGGGCGAGAGGGAGGCGUGGGAGAUGCAGCUGAGAUGCGGCUGGGAGAUGCAACGUCAUUAGGUUAUGCUGUUGGGAGAUGCGAUUGGGCUGGACUGUGCUGGGCAGUAUCCUAAAUGUAUCCCACAAGUAUCCGAAUUUUCAAUAUUUAUUUUUAUUCGGAUACUUGGCGGAUCCGGCGCGUAUCGGUAUCAGAUACGGUAUCCGAUACGGAUACGUGGGCAUUUGGAUGUAUCGGUGUUUCAGAGAUGACACAUCUUUGGUUGUCAUUGGUGCAGUUGUAACUU